AUGGCGUCUCCAAGCCAAAAUCAAGGCUCGGCGCCGCCGACAACGCAACCAAUUACGCCCCCAGCAGACGCAGCCGUAAACGGCGUCACAGCCCCAACCACUGCGCCGACCUCUCAACUCUCCCUCACAGCCCCCGCAGCGACAGCAGCAACAAACUCCGCACAGCCUCAGAUUCCGGGAACAUCUUUACAAGAUAGUGGCAAAUCCCGUCGUCCACGCGACGUGCGCCUUAUCCAUAUGCUGCUCGCCUCAUUGGGUGUAACCGCCUACCAAGAUCGCGUGCCCCUCCAACUCCUUGAUUUCGCCUACCGCUACACAUCCAAUAUCCUCCAAGAUUCUGUACACCUUGCUACCGAAGGAUACAACGCUGCAGUAGGUGAUGCGAGUGGAAAUACCGGAAAGAACGCCAACUCCGCUGAAGUUAACGGUGUUUCACUUCCUGCGCUGCGACUCAGUAUUGCAUCGCGACUGCACUAUCAAUUCCAAACUGGUUUACCGAAGGAAUUCCUCAUGGAUGUGGCUGCGGAGAGAAACCGUACUGCCUUGCCUGGUGUUGCACGAGGCUUUGAUGUGCAUGGCGGACCGAAUGCUGGGCCGGCCGCUGGUGCACCGAACGAAAGUAUCACAAUGGCUGGUAUGCGGCUGCCCCCAGAGCGAUUCUGCCUUACUGGUGAUGGGUGGGAUAUGCAGGACGAGUGGGAGAGUGAAGGAGAAGAGGAGAUCGAGAUGCCAGAUGCGCCACAGGGCUCUGGUGCGGUCAAGAGCGACGAAGGGGAUGAGGGCGAGGGAGAUGAGGAUGAGGAUGGAAAGAUGGAAGAUAUAUUUGGGCAAGAUACUGCUAUGGGCGAGGCGGGUGAUGCUGACGGAGACGAAAAUAUGAACGAUGCGUAG